UCCGCCGCACGCCCGCCCGCGGCCGCCCGAGCCAGCGAUGGAGGCAGCGGGGCCGGGGGCCGGGCCUGUGACGGGCGGCUGUGCCCGCCCCGGCUCUCGGUCUCCGCCCGGCAGGGCCGAGCGCCCGGCGCCGCGCCCGCCCCUUCCCCUUUCCCUUCUCCUUUCCCUUUCCCUUCGCUUUCCCCGUCCCUGCCCGCGGCGGGGCCCGGGCGGCUCUCGCAGCAGCGCCGGCAGCAGCGGCCGCAGGAGUCAGGCUGAAGAAUAAUGAAUUGAAGUGACUGACACCAUGACAACCGUAAGACAGAGAAGGGUUGGAAAAGGCACAGAAGCAGCUGAAGAUCAGCCUUCAGAGGAGACAAACGUGAAGCCUGAUGGGAAAAUUCUGCCUGAUCAUCCAGGUGGAAAGCUGUGGAGCAUACUCUCAAUAACUCUUGGUGGAAUUGUUGCCAUCUGUCUUGGACUUCUUACUUCUGUUUAUGUGGCUACACUGCAUGAAAAUGACCUGUGGUUUUCCAAUAUCAAGGAGGUUGAAAGAGAAAUUUCAUUCAGAACCGAGUGUGGACUUUAUUAUUCCUACUACAAACAGAUGAUUCAGGCUGCUUCCAUUCAGCAAGGUUUACAUGGUUUAGUAUAUGACAAUAAAACUGAAUCUGUGAGGACAAUUAACAUACUUGAAAGAAUGAAUGUUUACCAGGAGGUGUUUCUCAGCAUUCUGUAUAGGAUUCUUCCAAUUCAGCAAUACCUAGAGCCUGUUUAUUUUUAUAUCUACACUUUGUUUGGACUUCAGGCAGUUUAUGUCAUUGCUCUGUAUGUAACAAGCUGGCUUCUUAGUGGAACAUGGCUUUCAGGGUUGUUGGCAGCUUGCUGGUAUAUUACAAACAGAGUAGAUACUACAAGGGUAGAAUUCACCAUUCCUUUAAGGGAGAACUGGGCACUGCCAUUCUUUGCUGUUCAGAUAGCAGCCAUCACAUACCUACUCAGAACUCAUUUACAGCCUGCUCAAGAAAGGCUCACACUCAUGGCAGUAUUCAUAGCAACGUUUCUCUUUAGCCUGACUUGGCAAUUUAACCAGUUUAUGAUGCUGAUACAAGCAUUGGCAUUGUUCAUACUGGACUGCUUGGACAUGCUUCCCACAGCAAAGGUUACAUGGCUCUAUAUCAUUCAGAUUUCUGGGUUACUGCUGGUCUGUGUCCUACAGUUCUUCAAUUCUAUGAUUCUUGGGUCAUUACUUAUAAGUUUUAAUGUUUCUGUCUUAAUAGCAAGAACAAUCCAGAAAAACCUAAAAAAGGGUGGCUUGCUUGAUAGGCUUGGGAAACUUAUCCUCCAUGUUCUACUAGUUUUGUGCUUGACUCUCCUAAUAAAUAAAUUCAUUAAGAAAAUUCUUAAUCUUGAGUCAGAUGAGCAUAUAUUCAAAUUCCUGAAAGCAAAAUUUGGAUUUGGAGCAACAAGAGAUUUUGAUGCUAACCUGUAUCUUUGUGAAGAAGCCUUUGGUUUGCUACCUUUAAAUACUUUCUCAAGACUCUCCAGUACAUUACUUUUUUACAUCUAUGGAUUUGUUCUCUUCCUUCUGACAGUAGCAGCUGUAAUUGUUGCCUUUCGGAACCUCAGUGGUUCAAAUCAAGUCCAUUUUAAGGACAAAAUGGAAGAAUAUACAGUGACACUGAAGCCUGAUGCUGCCUACAGCUUAGCUCACACAGUUCUUUUUGGAUGUCUGGCAUUAAGCACAAUGAGGAUGAAGUACCUCUGGACAUCCCACAUGUGUGUUUUUGCAUCCUUUGGCCUGUGCAGUACAGAGGUUUGGAAACUCAUCCUGAAGUGUCUCCAUCUCUACACAUCCCAGAGGACACAGGUGAUUAAGUAUUCUAUACCAAUAAUUACAUUACUGUACAUUUCAUUUAAGUUCUGGCCAGGAAUAAUGGAUGAACUAUCAGAGCUGAGAGAAUUCUAUGACCCAGACACUGUGGAGCUGAUGAACUGGAUUAAGUCAAACACUCCAAACACAGCAGUGUUUGCUGGGAGCAUGCAGCUGUUGGCAGGAGUCAAACUGUGCACUGGACGGACCUUAACCAACCAUCCCCACUAUGAGGAUAAGAAUCUGAGAGAGAGAACAAAACAGAUCUACCAGAUCUAUGCCAAGCGCUCUCCCGGUGACGUGCACGGCAUCCUGCGCUCCUUUGGCACGGACUACGUGAUCCUGGAGGACAGCAUCUGCUACGAGAGGAGGCACAGCAGGGGCUGCCGCCUGCGCGACCUGCUCGAUGUAGCCAACGGCCACAUCAUGGAUGGCUUGGGAGAGAAUGAACCUGAUUUGAAACCUUCAUUGUAUCCUCGCUUCUGUGAGGAAAUUAAGAAAAACCUUCCUUCUUACACCAUGCACUUCACCAGGGUGUUUCAGAACAAAACAUUCCACGUUUACAAACUUGCCAAGCAUAAAUAACAUUUCCAACCAUGACUUCAAGUUCAGUAUUUCACUGCUAGGACCACAUUAGGAAAUGCAGUUAAAGUUUACAAACAGGUUACAUUUUUAGGACAAUUUACACCAAUGGUUUUUUGUUUAAUUACUGUGAUUCUUUUUUUAGACAGUUUAAUUUUGAUAACAUUAUUGAUGUUGCCAAAAUUUUCAUAAAUUCCUAAAUAAAUGCUAGCAGGGGCCAUUUAGAUUUAAAUUCUGACCCUCAGAAUACUUAGGUUGUAAUUGUUUUCCAGUUUCAAUUGAUUGGAAGACAAGGGCAGCAGCCUGUGAAUUGCUCAACACUUCAGAUUUUCCUCUCCAAUUAUAGAAAUUCAGUGAAAGCAACCCAUGCUGCUCCUGCCCUGAGUAAGCAUUGCCUUUGUGAAUCCUAAAAAUAGUCACAAAAUGAAGUUUUGUCUUACAAUCUGAUCCUUUUUGACAGAUCUUGUGCUCUUUCAGUGCCUCUUUUUUGAAUUUUUUGGGAAUGUAUGUGAAUAUGAGUUUCCAAUUUUCUGAGUAUGAUUGCAGAAUCAGUGAGUGCGGAUUAAGAAAACAAUUUUGAAGAAAAAUAAUCUUUGGUCCAGCAUUUUUAGUGAUCAGAAACAAACUGGUUUAUAACAUUAAGUGUUUAAUGAUGGAGUGUUACGUAUUUUUAGUGAGAAAAAAGGCUGGAGCAUGCUUGAUACGUGUUGCAUGUUUGUAUCCUUGUAAAAUGCUCAGAACAAACAAAAAUCCAAAUUUCUCAGUUUGGAUUUUCAGAACACUUUCCUGUAUAUAUUUUCUGAACUACAGGGGAUCCUUUCUCUCCUCGUGUGAAUCCCACUAGGAUAGCAAAAUUGGACAAAAGAAAAACUCAUCUCUAAAGCAGCAGGAAACCAGUAUUUCAAAUACAUUCAGAUAGCAGAGCUUUGUUUUGUAUUAUUCCAGAAACAAAGCUCUAUAUUUUAGCACAAAAUCACUGUGUCCUUGUUCUUUAGCCUAAAACAGAGACUAACAGUAUUUUAAAAUGAUGUGGAAGAUUAAGUUAAGCCAGAGCUCAAUGGUGAGAAUUUUGUGAUUUGUUUAUAUCCUUUGUUUUUUUACCAGCCUGAACUUUGUGAUUUGUAUCAGAUUUCUAAAUGUUACGAAGGUACCACAUGACCUUUGCCGUGUUUUUAGCACUGCUUUGGUUUUAGAUUGAAAUGAAAAAUAAAUUUGGAAGCCUCACAGUACUCUCCAUCUUGAAUUAGAUGUCCACUAGGCUCAUUGUUUGUUACAAAAAACAGAAUUGUAAUAAUCAAGUGCCUCUAGGCCCAGGUUGAAUUAACAUUUGAACACCUAUAAGACUGUUUGUGGCCUGUGCAAAUAACUCAGUUAUAGUAAUUACCACUGCAAUUAAUUUCUAAUGAUGGGAAACUUAAAGUGCAACAGAUAGCAAACUCUACAUUUCAUUUAAUCAAGAUGUGUAAUGAGAUUAGCUGUCACAACUGAGCUGGGCUCCAAUUCCAAAUGAUUUAAGUGUUUUCCCUUUCAGUUGUACCAAGGUAAAUUACCAAAGAGAUGGAGAUGGUUAUGUCACAUGCUCAAACAAUUUUAUAUUCAGUAAAUACUCAUUAAACAAUGUUAACAUCCUUCUGCCUUUGUGGCACAGAAGGCUGUGCUGUAGCCAGGCUGUGUUAAAUCACACACUGACAGGAGCUGGGUUGUUACACUGAGUAGCUGAAACUCCUGAGUAAUUCCUAGCCUGUAUCCUUUAAUGAGGUUGGAGACCACUGCAGUUUAACAUAAUACAAUAAUAAAACAUUUUAAUCAGUAUUAAAACUUUAAUUAGGCCUGUAAUGAUGCAUGAUUCUUGCUGCAAGCCUGGGUCAGUGAAUCCCUCAGUGGGUGCUUUCAGUAACUGAAAACAAGCACACAAAAGGUAAAAGAUGUCUGGGCUGUAUGGCAUGUUCUAGAAUGCAACUGCAUCUUUCUGGAAAGGUGCAGUGACUUUCUUUUGGUGGAGGGGAGGCAUUCCCAGGCCCAGUGAUAACCUGUUUUUUUCAGAAUUUACUUGUAGGUAACAGCUGAGACUAAGAAAUCCUGCCUGAAACAGUAAUUAUUUUUAAACAAACUUAUUUCAAAAAUGCAGUUUCUAAUCUUGCCAAAGGAGAAAUUUAACAUUUUCAUAGAAACUACCAAGUGCAAUCUGGUUUAUUUGGGGUUUUUUACACAGAAAGAUGCAUUAUGAGAGAUUAUCAGAAAGGUUUAACACUAAGGGGUUAUUCCAGGGACUGUAGUGCAGCAUUCAGACACCAACUGCUUCAAACAGUACAUCCAGGUGCCGAGGGCCAAAAGCAGUUCCCUGCUCCGAGGGAGCAGCUCCUCCCUGCCCCUGUUUGAGACAGGCCUGGGAGGGGCUGGGGGAGAGGGGCUGCACCUCCCUUCCUGAGGUACCCCCAGCAGUGGCAACGGCAGGGACUGGCUCCUCCCGUGUGCUCCUUGGUGGCCACAAGGACUUCGUGCUGCAUGUGAUCAGUGGGAUUGUGGUAUAAAUUACUUCUUUUGAGAUUGCAGGGACAAAAUGCUAUCGAGGAACAAGGACUUUUUUAGGAGAGAAAAGCCUUUGAGAUCCGUAAGUGUAUUUUAAUUUCUUGUUUCAGUGUUCUGCUGGUGGGAUCUAACAUAGUUAUUUUAUAAUAUGUUGUUGUAAAGAGAUGUAAUGACUAUUGUAUACUAAAUAAAUUGUGUAAUUUGAAAGUCA